AGCUGCCUCUGUGCCAGCUCCGAGUGGGGAUCCCAAGGCUUCUUUGAGGAUGGAGGAAGCCCAUGGACAGUGGGCAAUGUUAAUGGACCCAACGAUGACUCUGAAUAAUGUCACCAUGCGCCAGGGCACUGUGGGCAUGCAGCCACAGCAGCAGCGCUGGAGCAUCCCGGCCGAUGGCAGGCAUCUCAUGGUCCAGAAAGAGCCCCAUCAGUAUAACCACCGCCACCGCCAUUCUGCCACCCCUGAGGACCACUGCCGCCGGAGCUGGUCCUCCGACUCCACAGACUCAGUCAUCUCCUCCGAGUCGGGGAACACCUACUACCGGGUGGUGCUCAUAGGGGAGCAGGGGGUGGGCAAGUCCACCCUGGCCAACAUCUUCGCGGGCGUACAUGACAGCAUGGACAGCGACUGCGAGGUGCUGGGAGAAGAUACGUAUGAGCGAACCCUGAUUGUUGACGGGGAAAGUGCAACAGUUAUACUCCUGGAUAUGUGGGAAAAUAAGGGGGAGAAUGAGUGGCUGCAAGACCACUGCAUGCAAGUCGGGGAUGCCUACCUGAUUGUCUACUCCAUCACAGACCGAGCGAGCUUCGAGAAGGCAUCUGAGCUGCGAAUCCAGCUCCGCAGGGCCCGGCAGACAGAGGACAUUCCUAUCAUUCUGGUUGGCAACAAAAGUGACUUAGUGCGGUGCCGAGAAGUAUCUGUGUCAGAAGGGAGAGCGUGCGCUGUGGUGUUCGACUGCAAGUUCAUUGAGACCUCGGCCGCUGUCCAGCACAACGUGAAGGAAUUGUUUGAGGGCAUCGUGCGGCAGGUGCGCCUUCGGCGGGACAGCAAGGACAAGAUCGAGCGGCGGCUGGCCUACCAGAAAAGGAGGGAGAGCAUCCCCAGGAGAGCCAGGCGCUUCUGGGGCAAGAUCGUGGCCAGAAACAACAAGAAUAUGGCCUUCAAGCUCAAGUCCAAAUCUUGCCAUGACCUCUCUGUGCUCUAGGCACCCACAGUCACCCAGAUGUCCCCCUGAUGGAUGUCACUGAAGGCUGUUGAGACCAAUAAUCUAUAUUAGAUUGGCAACUUAAGUAUUGCUGGAUGUGGCUUCUCCCAUUGCACGGGAACUAGUGUGUUAGCCUCAUGGGCAAUUUGGAGCAUGGGAAGUGAAAGAGCUUUGUAAAGAGUCAGUAUUUAUUUACAGGAAAAGCCUGGCCUUGCUCCUUGAACACCCAGGACUCAUUAGAGGACAUGUGUGGUGUUCACAUGUGUUUCUUCUCUCCUUUGGGUAGUAGAGAAUUGAAGCUUACAAACAAAUGCCUAGGACAGGAUCUUUUCAUCAUUAAACUUUUCCCCAGUGUUCUCAUAUGUGAAUUUGAGGCUAAUGGGUCAUAAACAAAUAUAGGAAAGCUGUCAAAGGGUUUAUUAAAAGGAGGGAAAACUUUCUAUGUACCUUAUACCUACAGAGCUAGAUUUGUAGAACUGGGCACAUCAUGAUCAUGAACAUUAUUACGCCAUCAAACUGUGAAAAGAAAUGAUGGACCUUGCUGGAAACUAAAGCUUAGCAAACAAUUUUUGUUCAGUGCCCCCAGAGGUCUGUAGUAUUGAGAACUGAUACAUGUACCACUUGUAGCUUCAAAGAUUAUAUCUUAUAUGUCUUACAGUUUUUUAUUUAGGGGAAAAUUAUUUUCGUCAAAUUCUACUGAGUCAAACGACCUUUUAUGUUCAUUAUUUUUGCAACCAUAGAGCCAUCAUAAAAAUAUUUUUAAAAAUCCAAAUUGUUGAUAACCUGGAGUGCCAAAUGCCAAAUUUUAAAAUAUGAUCAAAGGUCUGAAUUUUUAUAAAACACAUAAAAACUUCCAGUACUUUGGGUUGACCCUUGUAUGCCACAGCUCUGCUCUAUUUAUUAUUAUUUUGCAAAAUAACCAUUUUAACAUUUGAUAAAGCAUAUUUAUGAACAUAUUUCUUAAUAAAAAUGUCCAUUUUAUUACCGUUUUCUAUCUUUUUCAAAAUAUGCAAGUUUUUACCUAUAUGUCUUAUAAUAAAAGAAAUAAAAUCUUUG